UUGUUCAACUGGUCUCAUUACUGUGUAUAAUUCAGAAUACAGACGUGCCCAGAAUAAUCGCUUGUUUUGUCAAGUGACCGUCCGUGGACAGGUCAGGCCCCUUCUUACUUCUGAGACUAAAGUAUCAACUGUGACCAAGGACCUAGUCGAACAGGAGAUGGCGUUCACAGAAACCCCAUGGCUUUUGGCAGUCGUUAUUCUGAUUAUCUCAGUCCUGGAGGUUACAGCAACGUCUAAGUCUAGGGACAUGGUUGCCAAGGAAACCGAUGCCGAGAAAAUAGACCGACUGCUUCAAGAGAUAGAAGCCUAUGAAAAGUUCGGGGUUCAAGGAGAUGAUUCACAAGACGUGCCUGUCGUUCGAGGUCGAGACAGGAACAAAAAACCAAAGACGGCUAAAAUGAAACUGGAGCGCCGUCAGCUGACCUUCCCGGACCCUCCCUCCACCAAGAACUUCGUCGAACUUCCGGGGAUGUCCGAAGACCUCCGAAGCUUCACCAUCUGUAUGCACAUGCGCACUGACUCCGAGAAAGGCAGCACGCUCUUUACUUACUAUGACAAGGACGGCGCCGAACAGAUAUCACUGUAUAGUGACAACAGAAGGACCAAGUACAAGCUGCGCAUCAAUGCAAAGCACCACGGCCAAGAAAAGGCGGAGCUGAAGAAUCUAGACGGAAAGUGGCACGUCAUUUGCGCACUGUGGGAAGGGAAACACGGAAGCUACGAGAUCUGGAGCGAUGGGAAACUGAGGGUGUCCGGAGAGGGGCUGGAUGAAGACGUCCACAUCAGCGGGGGCGGAACCUUCGUUCUCGGUCAGGGCGGGGACAAGAGGAAGGACGGAUUUGAAGACGACGCCGCCUUUAGUGGCGACAUCAGCCACUUCAACAUGUGGGACGAGUGGCUGGACAAGGCUGACCUGAGGAGCAGGGAGAAGUCCUGCAAGUUGGAGGGAAACGUCAUCAACUGGAACGCCGCGGACAUCAAACUGACCGUGAACGGGAAGAUCCUUAUCGACAAGUUCAGCUGUAUGUGGAAGCGGGAGUUCCCCGCUGAUGAUGUCAAUGAAGCCAACCAGCUGACUGAACGGGCUGAAAAGGACAGCGCUUUGGAAGAGGAUGAAUGAGACGGAGAAAGAGUCGUAGUUAAAGAUUCUAGCAUUGAUUAGCGUCUAAGAUGCUAGCAUUAGAUACAUACUUGGGUGUAUAAACUUACAAACAUGCGGUAGCAAGAAAGUUAGAAUGGACAGAAGUUUAUAUAGUUGAUAUACAUAUUCAACACCAUAUAGACUUAUUUCUAUAAGUGUGAUUAGGUUUUUAAAGAAUUAAGAUUGAGGCUAAAAACUCCAUGAAAGAACGUUUGUAGAUUUUAUAAAAAUGACACCCACAAUAACAUAAUCUAUGUGUGAUGUUUACUUUUAGCUAGCUUGCAUAUGUCACAAAUGUGAAAUUCCCAUUAUCUAUAUCACUAAGAAACUAUUAUAGCUUAGUAUCAAUUACGCAUCUCAUGCAUGUUAUUUGUAUGUUUGGUAUCCGGUAAUUCUCUACCUGCCAUGAACUAAAUAUGUCAAUGUACCAUAGAGCUAUUAUGGAAAACACUACAGAAUAUGCAAAUAAUUUGCACAACUUGAAUCUAGUU